AGGGUAAUUAGAGAAAGAUUGGGUAAUGGAUUGAAUUGGAUGAGAGGUUUCAUCCUUAUUAAUAAGUCACUUAUAAUGGCGAUUAUAAUAUGAAUGGUAUGAAGGUAGGUAGAUGGGAUGUUCUGCAUGAACGAAAUUAAAUGUAAAUAUUUAAAAGUAUAAGGAAUUGCGUUUUAGUGGUGGUGGAUCAUAUGAUUUAGAAGGUAAUUAGAAAAAGAUUGGAGAUUGGGUAGAAUUGGAUGAUGGAUUUUUUUGUGGAAAAUAUAAUCCAAUUAAGGUAACAUAUAAUGGUUAGUAUAAUAUAAAUGGUAUGAAGGUAGGUAGAUGGGAAAUUUUGUAUCGUAAAUAGGAUGAAAAGGAUUAUAUAUAAAUGUAAAUAUAUUAGCGAAAGGUUUAUAGUGGUGGAUCAUACGAUAAUGAUGGAAAUUAGAAAAAGAUUGGAAAAUGGAUAGAAUUGGUUGAAGGAUUUAAUGAUGAAAAAUAGAUCAUUUAUAAUGGUUAAUAUAAUAUAAAUGGUGUGAAAAUAGAGAGAUGGGAUAUAUUAUUUUGUUAAUAUAAUUGGUAGGGAUAUAUAUAAAUGUAAAUAUUAUAUAAGCUCAAGGUAUAUAGUGGAGGUGGAUCAUAUGAUAAUAAUGGAGAUUAGAAAAAGAUUGGAAAGUGGGUAGAAUUGGGUGAAGGGUUUUAUCUAAAUAAUUUGGUUACUUAUAAUGGUGAGUAUAAUAUGAAUGGUAUGAAGGUAGGCAGAUGGGAAAUUAUGUAUCGUAAAUAUGGUGAAAAAGAAUAUAGACAAAUGUAAAUAUUAUAUAAGUAAAAGCAAUAUCAAUAAUGCUUGUUUGUGUGUGUUUUAAUAGUGGAGAAACGAUCUAUAUUAAUGGAGAAGUAAAAAUAACCUGAUAUACAUUGA